GUCUUUAUGCUGUCUGGAGUCCUGCUGCCCCAGCCCUGCCUUCCUGUGGACUCCAGGGCCCCACCAGGCCCUCAUGGCUAGACCACAGGCCGCAGCAUCCCUGUCACCCUGCCUCUUCCUGGGCAUCUUCCCCAAGGCCCAGCGAUGCCAGAGGUCACCACAGACCUGCCGUUCCCACUCUCCCGGGUGUCCUGGCUGGGGCCUGGGCCUCCUGUCUCCCAAGAGCCAUCCACUUCUAAGACGCUUAGGACUUGGAGCCUCCCAAGACCUCAGGCUGAAGAACAGCAAGUGGCAGAAACUCAGGCCGGGGCGUCCUUGCUGGGGGUAGGAGGAAGCCUGCUUGGGGUGACAGUCACACGAGGGUGACACAGGCCCUGCUGGCCCUGAGCUGGCCUGCCUCCAGCCACAUCCUCUUUCCUCCCCGUGUUCCCCACGCCAGGGUGCUGGCCUGGCCACUGCUCACCACUUCCUGCUUUGCUGGCCCAGCGACGUGGUGGGGUUUCCCUAGGGCCACACACAAGCCCCUUGCCCAUGUAAUGGCCAAAAGCAGCCCCCUUGAACUUGUGCUAAGUACUGUGGAAGGAUUUCACUUCAUUUGCAGUGAGGAAACCAGCUCUGAGAGGUGAAAGGGCUUGCUCAGGGCCAUGCAGCGCACAUCCCAUAAUAAAACUCAGUUCAGAGACCUUGACACCCCCAUCCACCAUCAUUUCCAAAAGUGCUUUUUACAAAGCACUACUUUGUAAAAAGCUACUUCUUCGAAAGAACAAGUUUCCUGGCCCAGUGAGUGUGGGAAAUGCUCCAGCUGCUGUGUGCCUGCUGGCAGGUACUGCAUGGUAGACAUUCAAGGCUCUGAGAAGGCCUGCAGCAAAAACACCAGCCUCUCCCAGCCCAUUCCCAGGGAGCUUUUCUCAGGUCUAACACCUGGGCCUCCUUCCUAGACCAGGCAUUGCCAUCAAUGCCAAAGUGGCCAGGCUCCUGCUUGGGCCCCACAGCCUGUGGCACUGGGGUGAGAAGUAACUGCAGGAGGCGAGGGGAAGCCUGGAGCCCGGGAAGUGUCCACAGGUCUGGCCCGCAGCUCAUCUUGGCCACUGAUGAAAACGGGUGUUCUUUCCAAAAACAAGGCAGGCGCAGGACUCCUGAAGCACCGCCGGUUUAGCUUUUCCCAGACGUAACCGCCGUUAGAGCGUGGCAUGGAGCCUGUAGCUGUGCACUGAAUACUUCUAUUCCAAGCGGGCCUCCUCUCCGGGAUUAAGCGCCUCAGGACCGGUCCGCCAGGCCACAGCCUGGGCUCAACCUCUCCCAGACUUCCUGGACUCCAGUGGAGGCUUGGGCCGGGGGCGGGGCGUCCCUGGCCCCUCCCCGUCGUCCCGCCUGCCCGGAAAGGAGUGAGCGGCGCCAAGUCCCGGGCUGGCGGGAGUGCAGUUCUGAGUCCCGCCCGGCGUGCGCGGAGCGGGGCAGCCGGCAGCAGAGGCGCGGCGCGCAGCACACCCGGGGACCAUGGGCUCCAUGUUCCGGAGCGAGGAGGUGGCCCUGGUCCAGCUCUUUCUGCCCACAGCGGCUGCCUACACCUGCGUGAGUCGGCUGGGCGAGCUGGGCCUCGUGGAGUUCAGAGACCUCAACGCCUCGGUGAGCGCCUUCCAGAGACGCUUUGUGGUUGACGUUCGGCGCUGUGAGGAGCUGGAGAAGACCUUCACCUUCCUGCAGGAGGAGGUGCGGCGGGCUGGGCUGGUCCUGCCCCCGCCAGAGGGGAGGCUGCCGGCACCCCCACCCCGGGACCUGCUGCGCAUCCAGGAGGAGACGGAGCGCCUGGCCCAGGAGCUGCGGGAUGUGCGGGGCAACCAGCAGGCCCUGCGGGCCCAGCUGCACCAGCUGCAGCUCCACGCUGCCGUGCUACGCCAGGGCCAUGAACCUCAGCUGGCAGCCGCCCACACAGAUGGGGCCUCAGAGAGGACGCCCCUGCUCCAGGCCCCCGGGGGGCCGCACCAGGACCUGAGGGUCAACUUUGUGGCAGGUGCCGUGGAGCCCCACAAGGCCCCUGCCCUAGAGCGCCUGCUCUGGAGGGCCUGCCGCGGCUUCCUCAUUGCCAGCUUCAGGGAGCUGGAGCAGCCGCUGGAGCACCCCGUGACGGGCGAGCCAGCCACGUGGAUGACCUUCCUCAUCUCCUACUGGGGUGAGCAGAUCGGACAGAAGAUCCGCAAGAUCACAGACUGCUUCCACUGCCACGUCUUCCCGUUUCUGCAGCAGGAGGAGGCCCGCCUCGGGGCCCUGCAGCAGCUGCAGCAGCAGAGCCAGGAGCUGCAGGAGGUCCUCGGGGAGACAGAGCGGUUCCUGAGCCAGGUGCUAGGCCGGGUGCUGCAGCUGCUGCCGCCAGGGCAGGUGCAGGUCCACAAGAUGAAGGCCGUGUACCUGGCCCUGAACCAGUGCAGCGUGAGCACCACGCACAAGUGCCUCAUUGCUGAGGCCUGGUGCUCUGUGCGAGACCUGCCCACCCUGCAGGAGGCCCUGCGGGACAGCUCGAUGGAGGAGGGAGUGAGCGCCGUGGCUCACCGCAUCCCCUGCCGGGACAUGCCCCCCACGCUCAUCCGCACCAACCGCUUCACGGCCAGCUUCCAGGGCAUCGUGGAUGCCUACGGCGUGGGCCGCUACCAGGAGGUCAACCCCGCUCCCUACACCAUCAUCACCUUCCCCUUCCUGUUUGCUGUGAUGUUCGGGGAUGUGGGCCACGGGCUGCUCAUGUUCCUCUUCGCCCUGGCCAUGGUCCUUGCGGAGAACCGGCCGACUGUGAAGGCCGCGCAGAACGAGAUCUGGCAGACUUUCUUCAGGGGCCGCUACCUGCUCCUGCUCAUGGGCCUGUUCUCCAUCUACACUGGCUUCAUCUACAACGAGUGCUUCAGUCGCGCCACCAGCAUCUUCCCCUCGGGCUGGAGUGUGGCCGCCAUGGCCAACCAGUCUGGCUGGAGUGAUGCAUUCCUGGCCCAGCACACGAUGCUUACCCUGGAUCCCAACGUCACCGGUGUCUUCCUGGGACCCUACCCCUUUGGCAUCGAUCCUAUCUGGAGCAUGGCUGCCAACCACUUGAGCUUCCUCAACUCCUUCAAGAUGAAGAUGUCCGUCAUCCUGGGCGUCGUGCACAUGGCCUUUGGGGUGGUCCUCGGAGUCUUCAACCACAUGCACUUUGGCCAGAGGCACCGGCUGCUGCUGGAGACGCUGCCGGAGCUCACCUUCCUGCUGGGACUUUUCGGUUACCUCGUGUUCCUAGUCAUCUACAAGUGGCUGUGUGUCUGGGCUGCCAGGGCCGCCUCGGCCCCCAGCAUCCUCAUCCACUUCAUCAACAUGUUCCUCUUCUCCCACAGCCCCACCAACAGGCUGCUCUACCCCCGGCAGGAGGUGAUCCAGGCCACGCUGGUGGUCCUGGCCUUGGCCAUGGUGCCUGUCCUGCUGCUUGGCACACCCCUGCACCUGCUGCACCGCCACCGCCGCAGCCUGCGGAGGAGGCCCGCUGGCCGACAGGAGGAAGACAAGGCCGGGUUGCUGGACCUGCCUGACGCAUCUGUGAAUGGCUGGAGCUCCGAUGAGGAAAAGGCAGGGGGCCUGGAUGAUGAAGAGGAGGCCGAGCUCGUCCCCUCCGAGGUGCUCAUGCACCAGGCCAUCCACACCAUCGAGUUCUGCCUGGGCUGCGUCUCCAACACCGCCUCCUACCUGCGCCUGUGGGCCCUGAGCCUGGCCCACGCCCAGCUGUCUGAGGUUCUGUGGGCCAUGGUGAUGCGCAUAGGCCUGGGCCUGGGCCGGGAGGUGGGCGUGGCAGCUGUGGUGCUGGUCCCCAUCUUUGCCACCUUUGCCGUGAUGACCGUGGCCAUCCUGCUGGUGAUGGAGGGACUCUCAGCCUUCCUGCACGCCCUGCGGCUGCACUGGGUGGAAUUCCAGAACAAGUUCUACUCGGGCACGGGCUACAAGCUGAGUCCCUUCACCUUCGCUGCCACAGAUGACUAGGGCCCACUGCAGGUCCUGCCAGACCUCCUUCCUGACCUCUGAGGCAGGAGAGGAAUAAAGACGGUCUGCCCUGGCA